AUGGAGGAGGGGUGGUUAGACCCCAAUCAGGAAGCGACCCAUGAAAGCCCGUUUUCUUGUUCUGGAAAGUCGAUGGAGAAGGAUUCGUGGCACAGGGCCGGCGGCGCUUGGGGACCUCCCAAGUUCGUGGAAACUCUGGGGAACACUCGUGGCCGUCCGUCGAAAGGAGUGCAGUGUCAUACGACCAAUGAGACCAAGGCAAGUGAGCAAGUGAAACAGAACCCCAAGGAAUCCAGUCGAGAGAUUGUAGGAAAUAAACAGCUGGCGUUGUUGGCUGGCGUGCUGACUGUCUGGGCAGUGGGCACCGUCUCUGCCAUUCUGGAUAGCAGUGUUCGGUUAUUAGGUAUUGACUCUGCCUCUUUACGUUCUCAAGAGUCUCGAACUCUCAGCCCCAACUCCAAGUUGCUAAGAAACUCUCCACGUCGCCUCUGCUGUAAUGAGAAGGAGGCAAGAGCAAGCAAUGGCACUGAUAGUCUGGCAAUGAGAGUUGAACAACUGUCCUGA